UGAAUGGUAAAGGUACGAAACUGAAGCUAGCUUAACAAUUCACUGUGGCUCCAGUUUCCAAUGACAUUUCAUGAAGGCUCAUUGCUAGUUGGUCGUGAGAAGGAGCAAAAGUUUUUACUUUCCCUUCUAAACAAAAAAAACCCCUUAUCUACGUGUCUUGUUAUCAGUGGUCCUCCAGGUUGUGGGAAGUCGUCACUCAUUUCUUCAACAUUUAAAGUUCUUGAAGAAUCUUAUGGGAUGCUGUGGGUGCUAGUUAGUUGCUUAGAAAGUUUUGUGGGAACUCAAGGUGUAUGUGGCUCCACGCCAUCAAGAUAUUUGCUUGAAUUAAUUUUGCAAUCGAUAAAAUGCCGUUAUCUGCCUACUAGUGAUGUAUGCGUCCGUUGUGAUGAUACUUCCAGUUUUGUGGAUAACCUAUGUCAAAUCUUGCUAACUAUAGCAGCCGAAAGAAAUAAUGGCCCGAUAUCUAUCGGUUUGAUUUUCGAGCAAGCUGAGAAGCUCUGUGAUGGUGAGUCAUUAGUACUUCCACUAAUCGUCGGCCUUGGAUCUAUUGUAAAUGAAAAGUUAUGCUAUACGAAUAGCCUUGACACACCUGUAUUAUUUACUGUACUUGUGACCAGAUUACCAUGGGAAAAAUUCAAUUUUGGGACAUUUUAUUUUGAGCCCUACGUCAUCCCUAUUGAGAGUUACUCACGUGAACAGCUAACAAGGUUACUUCUUUCUCUGUCACCGGCGGGCGCAUCAGAAUCUCGUUUCAAGCGAUUUGUUGAUCUACUUCUCACAGUUUGCUUCCCUGUUUGUCGCAAUGCUGGAGAGCUUAUUCAUUUAAUGAAUAUAAAUUGGCGUGCUUUUGAUGAACCUGUAACUAAAGGUCUAGUCGCUCCAGAUGAUGAAUGGGGUCAGUGGAAAUUGGCUCAACCAUUUCUAAAGAGAUCUCUGGCAACUUUGUAUUUGCGUCAUUACGCUGAUGCAAGUGUUGAUUCAGUAUCUCCAAAAAAUGCAACCAGACAAGAUUUUCUGGAAUUACCAUAUAUCACAAGAUUUUUGCUUAUAGCUGCGUUCAUUGCUUCGUACAACCCCGUUCAUCUGAUAAAAAACUUUUGUCUAAGGUGAGUAUUAUGGUAUGGAAUGAAUUGUUAAGAGGUGUAAGCUUCUAUCUAGCUUAUUUUCUCUCUGAGACGGUGAAGCUUUGAAGUUAUUGGAAAUAAAGCUGCCAGUGAACUUCUGGAUUUAUAUUCAAUACGAAUUUCGGCGAGUUUUUGACGGCUUCACUACCAACAACUUCAUAUCUCAGUUCACCUCUUCCUGAGUUAUCCUUGAUGAAGCAAUAAUCCUAGCUAUUGUCUGUUUAUUCAUCUAGGCUUCUGAACGGUUGAGUGUGCGUAAGAAAAAGCAAGAAAAAGAAGCGCUUAAGAUUCAAACAGAGUUCGCCGGCCCUCGAGUUUUUCCCUUAGACCGCUUGAUGGCUAUAUUUUACGCGUUGGUACAAAAUGAGUUUAAAAAAGUACCAUGUACAAGUAUUCUAAUGAGUCAGAUAGCCAGCUUGACAGCUUGUGGUCUUCUGUCACCGAGUUCACAGGCUCUGUCUGUUGGUAAUUCAUAUACUGUUGGACUAGGUACGGUAGGUGGUUCAAUCAAUUCUGCAUCUGAUCUGGACCCAUUGGGUAAUCCGAAAUAUCGUUGUUUAAUCAGUUUGGAAAUGGCCAAAGGUAUAGCGCAGUCAGUGGAAUUUGAUUUGUUAGCCCACCUUACACAGAAUUUUAACAUUUGAGGUGCAUUCAUAUUUGAUUAUUCCGUGUGCCAAUUUCUUUGUACUCCCGCUUUUGUAAAUACUCAUAAUUUCUAGAUAAUUUUCUUUUUUAUGUUUGAUAAUUACAUAUU